AUGGGGGAUUCAGACAUGCAGUGCUUUGGCGAGGCGGCCAUUUUCCUCCGCAAGCCGGAAAAGGAGAGGAUUAUGGCCCAGACCGCUCCCUUUGAUGCAAAAUCAGCUUUCUUUGUGGUUGAGCCCAAAGAGAUGUACCUUAAAGGGGUUCUCCAGGGUAGAGAGGGUGGCAAAGCCACUGUCAAAACUCUAUGUGGGCAAGUAAGUUAUAUAAUUUAUCUCUGUCUCAUCACUCUGAUAAAAAGUUAUUAGUACAUACAAGGUAAGUACAAUUAUUUUAUGUUUCUUUUUUUUGCACAGACUAUCACUGUAAAAGAAGAUGAUAUCCACCCCAUGAACCCUCCAAAGUAUGAUAAAAUCGAGGACAUGGCCAUGAUGACCCACCUCAAUGAGGCCACUGUUCUGUAUAACCUCAAAGAGCGUUAUGCAGCAUGGAUGAUCUACGUGAGUUUAAAGUCAAAUAUUAUCUAUCAGUCAAUACACAAAUUAUUGGAGAGUUGAAAUGUUAACAAAGAUUAUUCUCCUCUACUACAGACCUACUCUGGGCUGUUCUGCGUCACGGUGAACCCCUACAAGUGGCUCCCAGUGUACGACCAGUCGGUUGUGAACGCAUACAGAGGGAAAAAGAGAAUUGAGGCCCCACCCCACAUCUUCUCAAUCUCUGAUAAUGCCUAUCAGUUCAUGCUCACUGGUAUGCUCACUUUUUGGUAGUGGGACAGGUUAAAUUAACUGAAAAGAGAUGGCCUCUUUAUUAUUACCUCAUCAACACAGGCUAAUCUUUUAUAUUUUUCCCUACUGCAGAUCGUGAAAACCAGUCAAUCCUCAUUACGUAAGCACCUGUGUCUGUGUACCAUAUUAAAUGCAUCAACUUCAUUAAGUCUUUAGUCUUCAAUCAUUUUUAACAGAAAACAACUGUGUAAUGUGUUAAUUUUGAGAGUUUCCUUUCCCCAGCGGAGAAUCCGGUGCAGGAAAGACUGUGAACACCAAGCGUGUCAUCCAGUACUUUGCGACAAUCGCAGUGGCUGGAGGCAAGAAAGAACAAGCAGCAGCAGCUACUGCUGGCAAAAUCAAGGUGAGACAUUUUGUAUAUACAUUUAUGUUGAGAUUAAAGUAUGUUGAUUUUAGGCCAAGGCAUCAUGACAUUGCUUAUUUUUUUGUGGGCGUACUGAUGACCAAAUUUAAUAUCUUUAAAUUAAUUAUGCAUAAAAUAAAUUUAAUUGUUUAGGCUUAUAUUUGUUUUGUACAAAUGCAUAAAACUGAAAGUAGUUCUUUAUUGAAAAAAAUAAAAUGUAAAAAAAGUAUAUAUUUUAUAUAUACAGUAUAUGUUAAGGGUAUUUUGAUAUUUUAGGCAAUUAUGAAUCGAAAAGGGGAUACAGGCAUGUGGGAAAAAUAGUGGGAAGGAUGGAUGCAGGGAUUGAACCCUGGUCUUUGUACAUGUGACAUUUGUCUGGGAGUGUUACCACUCAAUCACAGCUGUACACAAUGCCCCUCAGUUUCAAUGGUAUGAUCCAAUCCCAAAUGGACCCCUAGACUCUAUGCCCUAUGCACUUGUUCAGAUCUGAGAGGAUUUGACAGGUGCAAUCAAUAUGGUAAUAGCUCCAUCUUGCCCUCUGAUAGGCUAGGUGGAAGUUUCACCGUAUCACUUAUACCAAUCAAAUCAUCUCAGAUAUACAUAAGUGCAUAGGGCACAGGAUCUAAGGUUCCAUUUGGGAUUGGGCCCAUGACACCCCUGUUAAGGAAGUCUAUGUAAGUAGAUGUAUAAAGUUUGCUAUAUCAUGUCAUCUCUAGGGGUCGCUGGAGGAUCAAAUCAUUGCAGCUAACCCUCUACUGGAGGCCUAUGGUAAUGCCAAGACCGUGAGGAAUGACAACUCCUCCCGUUUUGUAAGUAAUGUUAAAAUGCAGCUUCACAUUACUUGCUGCUAGUUAAAAUCUUGAAGAGAUACUAACAAUGUCUCGACUCUUCAGGGUAAAUUCAUCAGAAUCCAUUUUGGAACUACCGGAAAGCUGGCUUCAGCCGAUAUUGAAACUUGUAAGUAUAGUUUUUUACUUACUUUUUAUUUAUGUCUAAAAAUGUUGUUAUACAACACACUCUCAACCAUGCUAUACUUGAAUUGCAGAUCUGCUGGAGAAGUCCAGAGUGACAUUCCAGCUGUCUGCUGAGAGAAGCUACCACAUCUUCUAUCAGCUCAUGACUGGACACCAGCCACAAUUGCUGGGUGAGAGACAAAUAUAGAAAUCUGACAUGGAAUGCAUAGGGCCAACAGGGCUACAAAAAGACCUUAAUAAUGUCACUGCUAAACAUGUGUUCAUAUUCCAGAUGCACUUCUGAUCACCACCAACCCCUAUGACUAUCCCAUGCUCAGUCAAGGUGAAGUCACCGUCAAGAGUAUCUGUGAUGUGGACGAGUUCAUUGCAACUGACGUAAGCCACAUUUACAUAUUUUAUUUAAUGUCAUAAUUGUUUGUGCUUACCAUUAUGAAUCAUAUCUAUGUCAUAUAUACUGAACAAAAAUAUAAACGCAACAUGCAACAAUUUCAAACAUUUUACUGAGUUACAGUUCAUAUAAGGAAAUCAGUGAAUUGAAAUAAAUUCAUUAGGCCCUAAUCGAUGGUUUUCACAUGAAUGGGAAUACAGAUAUGCAUCUGUUGGUCAAAGAUACCUUCCUUAAAAAAAAAAAAGUUUUUUGUGUGUACGGAACAUUUCUGGGAUCUUUUAUUUCAGCUCAUGAAACAUGGGACCAACACUUUACAUGUUGCGUUUAUAUUUUUGUUCAGUGUAUUUGUUGCAUACAAUCAUCCCUUUCUUUCUGGAAGCAUACUUUAAAAAAGUGAUGUAUAAUGUUCUUCCAGGAUAAGAUGGAAAGUAGAUUGCUUUCCAAGGAAGUCCAUUUUGUGUAAUCUUAGCUCACCUCUGCUUUAAAUCACAGGAGGCUAUUGACAUUUUGGGCUUCACUGCUGAUGAGAAGCUGGGCAUCUUCAAGCUGACUGGUUCUGUGAUGCAUCAUGGGGCAAUGAAGUUCAAGCAGAAGCAGCGUGAGGAGCAGGCAGAGCCUGAUGGCACUGAGGGUAAAUAGAAAAACAAUUAAUACACAGCGACCGGGAAUCUCUGGCGUUGUCAAACUGGUAUACAUUACAUGCAUGGAAUCAGAAUCAAGCAGUACUAUUUACUGAAGAUGGUGAUUGAAAUUGUCUGACCAUUUUACCUUCCAUCUUAGUGGCUGAUAAAAUAUCCUACCUCAUGGGCCUGAACUCCGCUGACUUGCUCAAAGCUCUGUGCUACCCCAGAGUGAAGGUCGGGAAUGAGAUGGUGACCAAGGGGCAGACUGUGCCACAGGUCGGCAACUCGGUCAUGGCCCUCUGUAAAUCUGUCUAUGAGAAAAUGUUCUUGUGGAUGGUUGUCCGUAUCAAUGAGAUGUUGGACACAAAGCAGGCCAGACAAUUCUUCAUUGGUGUGCUGGACAUAGCUGGAUUUGAAAUCUUUGAUGUGAGUGGAAAACACAUUUAUUUUUCUUCCAAUUUACACUAACUGCAUGACUUAAUGCACUACUGAAUUUUUUUUAUUUACUUCAGUACAACAGCUUGGAGCAGCUUUGUAUCAACUUCACCAAUGAGAAACUGCAACAGUUUUUCAACCACCACAUGUUUGUACUGGAGCAAGAGGAGUACAAGAAAGAGGGAAUUGAAUGGGAGUUCAUUGACUUUGGUAUGGACUUGGCUGCCUGCAUUGAGCUUAUUGAGAAGGUACGUAUAAUAACAAUUCCUUUAAUCAGACCAAUAUUUUACUAUUAAAAAAAAGCCUGGUAUCUAUUAAAAUUAUUCUGUUCUCAACAGCCAAUGGGCAUCUUCUCCAUCCUUGAAGAGGAGUGCAUGUUCCCGAAGGCUUCAGACACUACCUUCAAGACCAAGCUGAAUGAACAGCAUCUUGGCAAAACUGCCGCCUUCCAAAAGCCAAAGCCUGCCAAAGGAAAGGAGGCAGGAAAGGAGGCCCACUUUGCCCUGGUGCACUAUGCUGGUACUGUGGAAUACAGUAUCACAGGCUGGCUGGACAAGAACAAGGACCCCCUGAACGACUCUGUUGUGCAGCUCUACCAGAAGUCCUCAGUCAAACUGUUGGCUUAUCUCUAUGUAGCACCUGCAGCUGAUGGUAGUGUUCACUGUUCACACAGAUUUUGUACAUUUACAUAAAACCUAGUUAUGGCAUUAGUACAUUCUAUAAAUACUAACACAUUUUGCAUACCUGUAAUACUACAAUCUAUCUUUUGAAUAUACGAAGAGGCUGCAAGCAAGAAAGGUGGCGCCAAGAAGAAGGGUGGCUCCUUCCAGACAGUGUCUGCUCUAUUCAGGGUAUGUGUUCAUAAAAAAUGGAGAGGAUAUUACAUUAUAAUUGAAGAGUUUAAAUAUUAUAAUUGUAUUCCUAUUAUAAUAUGUUUAAUGUGUGCAUGGAUCUGAAAUUGCUUUUGUUCUAAACCCUGGAACAUUUGAUAUUCUACAUUGAGUUUGGAGUUUGCAAGGAAAAUGCUUACUGUCGAUUUAAGUGUGUUUAAACCUACAAACUCUCAGGAAAACUUGGGCAAGCUGAUGACCAAUUUGAGGAGCACUCAUCCACACUUUGUGCGCUGUUUGAUUCCCAACGAAUCAAAGACACCAGGUAAGUGCUUAAAGGGAUAGUUCACCCAAAUUACAUAAUGACACAUUGGUUUCCUUACCCUGUACGCAGUCUAUCGAAUAGGUAUAACAGCAAUCCAUGCUUUGGUUUAGUUUUCCUGGCACUUUUUCCACAUGCUAACGUUUUAGAAUUUGUGCACAAAUCCCAUUCAAGUCAUGCAACCGAUAUAUGCAUUUUUCACUCAUCAUGUUAAAAUCAUCUAUAAGUGACUUUGUUGAGCUUCACAAUCAAUUUUAGAUACUUUCGGAUUAUUUGGACAUGAUGCGCAAAGAAUGCUAAUAUCAGUCCCAUGACUUGAAUGGGAUUUGUGCGACAAAUGCUCAAAUGUUAGCAUGUGGAAAUAGUGCCAGGGAAACUAAACCAAAGCAUGGAUUGCUGUCAUACCUUCUCGAUAGACUGCUUACAGGGUAAGGAAACCAACGUGUCAUUUUGUAAUUUGGGUGAAAUUGUUUUAAACCCUGUGAAGCAGAACCUUGUUUUAAUUUUUAUGGAACUUAAUGAGUAAAACAUUACAUUUGUCUCCAAGGUCUGAUGGAGAACUUCCUGGUCAUCCACCAGCUGAGAUGUAAUGGUGUGCUGGAAGGUAUCAGAAUCUGCAGAAAGGGCUUCCCUAGCAGAAUCCAAUAUGGUGACUUUAAGCAGAGGUAAAUACACAAUAUGCUUGAAAGGUCAGCCAUCGUCAGUGGUCACAGACAUUGUGAAAUCAAACACAGCUGUUUGUGGAUACUGCGAAGGAUUGAUUGAUGAAGUUGAACUAUCUUUUCUUUCAGAUACAAAGUAUUGAAUGCCAAGGUCAUCCCAGAGGGAACAUUCAUGGACAACAAGAAGGCUUCAGAGAAGCUCUUGGGGUCCAUUGAUGUGGACCACACUCAGUACAAGUUUGGGCACACCAAGGUAAAACAUUACUCCUUAAUAAUCUCUCGUGGACAGACUAAGUAAACAAAAAAUGGUAUUGUUACGUCUGUCAAAAGACUGGGAUGCGACAACUAACAAACAACAGUUGUUUUACAUCACUGGUUAUCUGGACGUAUCAGGAUUGGGUGAAGGUGGUGCUUAAACUGGAGGCGGGGAUUUCAAGCAAUGAAGCGGAACGUUUUCAGAAAGGGUGGGGGGACACUUCGCUAGUCUCAUUAGUAUCUUUUUAGAUACAUCUCCCCCCAGAACCUAAUCGAGCAUCUGACACUGUUUCGCAAUAUCUUAGUUUUGGGUUUCUUAGAUUACUCAUUUAAGGGUGCUAAACCGCACUUUGAACCUCUAUUAUAAUAUUUUUCUAAUAAAACCUGAAUUGCAGGUGUUCUUCAAAGCUGGUCUUCUGGGUACGCUGGAGGAGAUGCGAGAUGAGAAACUGGCUUCUCUGGUGACCAUGACUCAGGCUCUCUGCAGAGGCUUCCUCAUGAGGAGGGAGUAUAUGAAGAUGAUCGAGAGGAGGUAAAGGCUUUGCUGGAAGGAAUUGUCUAUCUAUCGUGAUAGGUUUUCACAGUUGUUACAUUUAAAAUGUACUUGAUCCAACUAUUGUUUUCUUUGCUUGCUUUUGACAGAGAGUCUACUUUCGCCAUCCAAUACAACAUCCGCUCAUUCAUGAACGUCAAAACCUGGCCAUGGAUGAAGCUGUACUUCAAGAUCAAGCCUCUUCUAAAGAGUGCUGAAACUGAGAAGGAGAUGGCCCAAAUGAAGGAGACCUUUGAAAAAACAAAGGAGGAUCUGUCAAAGGCAUUGUCCAAGAAGAAAGAGCUUGAGGAGAAGAUGGUUGCUCUAUUGAAUGAAAAAAAUGCCCUGGCAUUACAAGUAGCAUCCGUAAGUAGAGCUGAAGGAGUGGUUUAGUAAAAUGUAAAGUGUAUAUCCUUGUUUAUAUUUAAGAGUAUAAUUGUGAAACAAUUAAUUAAAUAUCAUUUCAUCAUAACUCUAGGAAAGUGAGAACCUCACUGAUGCUGAGGAAAGGUGUGAAGGGCUCAUUAAGAGUAAGAUCCAGCUUGAAGCCAAACUCAAAGAGAUAACUGAGAGGCUGGAGGAUGAGGAGGAGAUUAAUGCUGAACUGACUGCCAAGAAGAGGAAGCUGGAGGAUGAAUGCUCUGAGCUGAAGAAAGACAUUGAUGACUUGGAGCUCACCUUGGCCAAAGUGGAGAAGGAGAAACAUGCCACCGAAAACAAGGUUAUGUAUUUUUCAAUGCAACCAUUGUGCAUUUCUAUAGAUACAGGCAACCAUGUUAAUUAAACAUUACGUGAUUCUACUUAGGUUAAAAACCUGGUAGAGGAGAUGGCCUCCCAAGACGAAAUAAUUGCCAAGUUGACCAAGGAAAAGAAAGCCCUCCAAGAGGCGCAUCAGCAGACCCUUGAUGAUCUCCAGGCAGAGGAAGACAAAGUCAACACUCUGACCAAAGCCAAGACCAAGCUUGAACAGCAAGUGGAUGAUGUGAGCAAAAAAACUAACUGAAUUGAGGGAGUGAAAAUAGGUCAUAACUAGAAGUGCAUUAUCUGUACACUCUUAGAAAAAUAGGUGCAAUCUAGAAUCUAAAAGGGUUCUUCAGCUGUCCCCAUAGGAGAACCCUUUGAACAACCCUUUUUGGUCCUUUCCACAGAGGGUUCUACAUGGAACUCAAAAGGGUUCUCCUGUGGCGACAGCAGAAAAAACCCUUUUGGAACCCUUUUUUCUAAGAGUGUAUACACAUUUAGGUGGAACCACACAGAGUACAAUAAUGCCUGCUCUCUGUUACAACAGCUAGAAGGAUCUCUGGAGCAAGAGAAGAAACUCCGCAUGGACCUUGAGAGAGCCAAGAGAAAGCUUGAAGGAGAUCUGAAACUGUCCCAGGAAUCCAUUAUGGAUCUGGAAAAUGACAGGCAGCAGUCAGAGGAGAAGAUUAAGAAGUAAGUUGCUGGUCAAUAAUAAAGCAAGUUAUUAUAUUUUACCAAAAGUACUUCCAUUUCAUCUCCAUUUCCUGUUCUUGUGUUCAACGGUACAUAGGAAGGACUUUGAGAUAAGCCAGUUUCUUAACAAGGUUGAGGAUGAACAGGCACUUGGGCUUCAGCUCCAGAAGAAGAUCAAGGAACUCCAGGUUGAUUCAGACAAAGCACUUAACAAAACUGAUUGAAUUCUAUACGAAAAAAUAUUUUCAAGUUGGCUUUGCAACAGCUAAAUGUAUACGACCACGUAUUUCAGGCUCGGGUUGAAGAGCUGGAGGAGGAGAUUGAGGCUGAACGUGCUGCUCGGGCAAAGGUUGAGAAGCAGAGGUCUGAUCUCUCCAGGGAACUUGAGGAGAUCAGUGAGAGGCUUGAAGAAGCUGGAGGUGCAACAUCUGCCCAGAUUGAGAUGAACAAGAAGCGUGAGGCUGAGUUCCAGAAGCUGCGUCGUGAUCUUGAAGAGUCCACCCUGCAGCAUGAGGCCACCGCUGCUGCUCUCCGUAAGAAGCAGGCCGACACUGUGGCAGAACUGGGAGAGCAAAUAGACAACCUCCAGCGUGUCAAGCAGAAGUUGGAGAAGGAAAAGAGUGAAUUCAAAAUGGAGAUUGAUGACCUCUCCAGCAACCUGGAGUCUGUUUCCAAAUCAAAGGUAAAAAUAAAAUAUUUAUAUUGAAGUCUAAAAACAAGUCAUGAUCAAAUAACUUCAAGACAUCUAAAACUGUACUUGUUUCAGGGAAACUAUGAGAAAAUGUGCCGCUCUCUUGAGGAUCAAAUGAGUGAGCUCAAAUGCAAGAACGAUGAACAUGUGUGCCAAUUGAAUGACAUAGGUGUGCUAAGGGCAAGACUGCAGACAGAGAAUGGUGAGUGUGCAAAGAAACACUACUUACCCACACAAACAUCAUCAAUAUAUCUGCUAGAAACAUAUUUCAUACAUCGCAUCUUUAAUCAGGUGAAUACGGGCGUCAGCUGGAGGAAAAAGAAGCUUUGGUUUCCCAGCUGAUUAGGGGCAAGCAAGCUUUCACACAGCAGGUUGAGGAACUCAAGAGGCACAUCGAGGAAGAAGUGAAAGUAGGAUAAAUCACUUGUUAGGUUUGCAAAGAAAUACAUAAAAUGUGUACAAAUAGUUUUUGAACAAAUUCUAAAGAAAGGAUUAUUUCUCUACAAAUCUACUGAAAGGCCAAAAAUGCCCUAGCCCAUGGUGUGCAGUCAGCCCGCCAUGACUGUGAUCUGCUCCGGGAGCAGUUUGAGGAAGAGCAGGAGGCCAAGGCUGAGCUGCAGCGUGCCUUGUCCAAGGCCAACAGCGAGGUCGCUCAGUGGAGAACCAAAUAUGAGACUGAUGCCAUUCAGCGCACUGAGGAGCUUGAGGAUGCCAAGUAAUUAAACACGUUCUACAUUUUCAUGAUGACCAAAAUACCUACAAUGGGAAACAUCUGAGAAGAAAAAUGUUCUUUACCUUUACAGGAAAAAGCUUGCCCAGCGUCUGCAAGAUGCACAAGAGACAAUUGAGGCAACGAACUCCAAAUGUGCUUCUCUGGAGAAGACCAAGCAGAGACUGCUGGGUGAAGUGGAGGAUCUCAUGAUUGAUGUAGAGAGAGCUAAUGCUAUGGCUGCCCAGCUUGACAAGAAACAAAGGAACUUUGACAAGGUAACAUGAAAGACAAGAUAACAAGGAAAAAUGAAUGAAAUCCAUCUCUCAUUUUUUUAUUAACUUGUUUAUGACACUUCCAGGUUCUGGCAGAGUGGAAGCAGAAGUACGAGGAGGGCCAGGCAGAGCUAGAUGGGUCUCUGAAAGAGGCUCGCUCUCUCAGCACUGAGCUGUUCAAGAUGAAGAACUCCUAUGAAGAAUGUUUGGACCACCUGGAGACACUGAAAAGGGAGAACAAGAACCUGCAACGUAUGUUCCAAACAUUCUGCAACAAACUUAAUGUCUACAUUCAAUAAACCAAUACAGGCUGUUUCUAACAGUUUCUUGAAAUAUUCCUAAGAGUGAAUAUUAUUUAAACAAUCUAAUUUACCAUCUUGUGUGAUAACCACUAUUGCCAUGUUUCUCAAAGAGGAAAUCGCUGACCUGACUGAACAUAUUGGUGAGUCUGGAAAGACCAUCCAUGAGCUGGAGAAGGGAAAGAAGACAGUGGAGAUUGAGAAGUCAGAAUUCCAGACUGCCCUGGAAGAAGCAGAGGUAAAAGAGAAUAUAGAUAAAAUGCCUAUUUGAAGUAGGUACAAUACAUUCCACUGUAUUCCUUAUGUUUCAAAUUUUAUUGUAACUUGUCUAUUACUCUAUUCUAUUAUAAGGCUACACUGGAGCAUGAGGAAUCCAAGAUUCUCCGUGUUCAGCUGGAGCUAACACAGGUUAAAAGUGAAAUUGACAGGAAGCUGGCAGAGAAGGAUGAGGAGAUGGAGCAGAUCAAGAGGAACAGCCAGAGGGUGAUGGACACCAUGCAGAGCACUUUGGACACUGAGAUCAGGAGCAGGAAUGAUGCCCUGAGAAUCAAAAAGAAGAUGGAGGGAGACCUCAAUGAGAUGGAGAUUCAGCUGAGCCAUGCCAACCGCCAGGCUGCUGAAAGCCAGAAACAGCUAAGGAACGUCCAGGGAGCACUCAAGGUAUGGAUUUUUAACAUCUACUUGAAGGCUGUGAAACAAAUAUGAUAUAAUUGAAUCUUCUUCCUUUGAUCUCAGGAUGCCCAACUGCACCUUGAUGAUGCUGUCCGUGCUGCAGAUGAUAUGAAGGAGCAAGUAGCCAUGGUGGAGCGCAGGAAUAACCUGAUGCUGGCUGAGAUUGAAGAACUGAGAGCUGCCCUGGAGCAAACAGAGAGAGGCCGCAAAGUGGCCGAGCAGGAGCUGGUUGAUGCCAGUGAGCGUGUUGGACUGCUGCAUUCUCAGAAUACCAGCCUUAUAAACACCAAGAAGAAGCUGGAGGUUGACCUUACACAGAUCCAAGGUGAAAUGGAAGACACGGUCCAGGAAGCAAGAAAUGCAGAGGAGAAGGCCAAGAAGGCUAUUACUGAUGUGAGUCCUUAUAGCCUAUAUGUGUAAACUCUUACAGCAAAAUGUACUUGCCGAUUAGUAACAUCUAUAUCCUUUUCUACUUGAAAUGCCAUGGUGGCAGGCUGCCAUGAUGGCAGAGGAGCUGAAGAAGGAGCAGGACACCAGCAGUCACCUGGAGAGAAUGAAGAAGAACCUGGAGGUCACAGUCAAGGACCUGGCGCACCGUCUGGAUGAGGCUGAGAACCUGGCCAUGAAGGGCGGAAAGAAACAACUCCAGAAACUGGAAUCUAGGGUAAACUCUAACUACAUCAUCUUAAUGAAAACAAUCACACUGACUACUAAUGACUCCACCGAUGACAAUGGAAAUGCACUGUAGUAACUUGGUUAUAAUCAAAUUAUUUAAUUCAAGGUCCGUGAACUGGAGGGUGAAGUUGAUGCUGAACAGAGACUUUCAGCUGAUGCUAUUAAAGGUGUUCGCAAAUAUGAGAGGAGAGUCAAGGAGCUCACUUACCAGGUACUUUCAACAUCUGAUGAGAAGAGCAGAACUCUGUAAAGAGUAAUCCUGACCCAUAAACCAUAAUCUUCCUUUACUUUCUAUAGACUGAGGAGGAUAAGAAGAAUGUGAACAGGCUCCAGGAUCUGGUGGACAAGCUGCAGCUCAAAGUGAAGGCCUACAAGAGACAAGCUGAGGAGGCUGUAAGUAAAAUUUAUGAUUUAGUAAUGGCAUAAAAAUUUCAAUUAUGCAUUCUAGAUGUUACUUUGGAAACAUUUAAUACACUUUACAUACGGCCUGCAGGUAUAAUGCUUUAUAACUUGUUAUAAGCAGGUAUGAGCCAUUAUGAUGUUUUAUAAUUAGGCUUACAGUAUAUACAUUACAUUUGACCACAAGCUGGUUUGUCUUACAGGAAGAGCAGGCCAACACUCACCUGUCCAGGUACAGGAAGGUGCAGCAUGAGCUGGAGGAAGCUCAGGAGCGUGCUGACAUCGCUGAGUCCCAGGUCAACAAGCUUAGAGCCAAGAGCCGUGAAAUUGGCGGCAAGGUAUGCUAA